GUGCCUGUAUAUAAUCUGCAAAGCUCAACAGUGCACUCUAGAAGGAGCUCAAGUUUAGGCAGACAUCACUUUGGUGAGAAACAAUAAGACCGAGCCAGCAAAAUGUGCAAAGGGUUAGCUGCAUUACCAGCAACAUGCCUCGAAAGGGCCAAAGGAAUAAAAACAAAGUUAGGAAUCCUGCUGCAGAAGCCGGAAAUCAUCAGUGACUACAUCAUCCCAUAUUCUGAUAAAGCGGAGAAGCCAGCUAAGCCUCUGAGAUCAUCUCAGGCUGAAGUACUGCAGUGGCGUGAAUCUCUGGAGAAGCUUCUGAUGAACAGCUAUGGUCUGGCUGCCUUCAAAGCCUUCCUCCAAUCAGAGCACAGUGAGGAGAACAUUGAGUUCUGGAUGGCCUGUGAAGACUACAAGGCAACCAAGUCACCUAUCAAGAUGGCCUUGAAAGCAAAGAAGAUCUUUGAAGACUUCAUAGAGAAGGACGCUCCUCAAGAGAUCAAUGUUGACCACUACACUAAAGAAGUCACCAUAAAGAACCUUGCCGAACCUUCCACAUCAACCUUUGAGUUGGCACAGAAGAAAGUUCUCUCUUUGAUGGAGAAGGAUUCAUUCAGCAGGUUUCUGAAAUCUGAAAUUUAUCUGGAGUUGAUAAAGUAGCUGUGCACCUGGGCUGUGCAAAGCGUGGGUGGAGAGGGACUUUAGAUGUCCUCACAAAUCCACCCAGUAAAGGAAUAAGCCCUCACCACUGGUAGCUAAAUGGAGCUAUCAUCCCCGGCAUUACUUUUCUUCAAAACUCUGGGCACUAAAAUGACAUCACGUAUAUCUUGCACCUGUCUUUGCGUAGCCCCAAAAUAAACACACACCAAAUAUGGCCAAGUGUUUGUACCUUCAAUGCUGCACUUGUCUUUCGUGUCUGUGUGUGUUUUUUUUUCCGUCCUUCCUUAUUUCUGCUAUGAGAUUAUACCAAGUGAUAAAUAAUCAUGUGGCUUCAAACGAAUUCUUGAGCAAAUCAAAUCAUUCCUUAUGAUUUCUUAUCUCAAUCAUUUCAAGGAUCCAGCAAAAUGCUUUGAAAAUGAGAUUACAGACAUCAGAGACCUACAGAGUAAGCAGCCUCUUAUCCUUUCUAUAUCAGAAAAGUGUAACCCUGCUUUCACAGUCGCAGAGCAUCAUUCAUUGGAGCCAUCCAAGUCACCAAACAAUUCUAUAUUUACUAAUGAAGCAUGCUAGAAAAAUUAUAUGAACUCCUCAAACAUAAAAUACAACAAGGAUACUGAUGGCUUGUAAUAAGCAUUAUGUAGUGGGCAUUCUAUGUAAACAGAUAACAGAUUUGUGCUUACCUGGAAUUAGCUGGACUCAAGUUGUCCCUAACCAUCUCAUUAGUAAUGUAUUGAGGGCUAUAGGUGCGGAUGCUCCAUCUAAACUGUACGCCACAUCAUAAUGUGAGACAGCAUGUCCACAAGUUCACACAAUCACACGUUCAGUCUCACCAUAUUAUCUUAUUGCUAUUUACAUGAUUAACUUUGUCUCCCAAUUUACCGGAGAAGUAAACCCCCAUAAGCUAUGGGGUAUAUUUCUAAAAUUCCGCAAUGAUGUACUUCAGAGGCGACAGAGUUGUGUAUCACUGGUGUGAGGAAGUGAUGAAAAGGCUUUAAUUACUUAGGGGGUUUGAGUUAGAUUUUUUUAAAGGAAAAGCAAUGGUAAAAGAACACUGAUUAUUUCAACCAAUUAAUUUAAUUAAUCACAAGGCUCCAAUAAAUGCUUUACACUUAAAAAAGAAUGAAAUAAGCAAAUUAAGGUGCCAAAGUGUACAAUUAGUACCCAGCAGUAGAUAUCACAGACAAAACAAUGCAACAAGUGAUCCAAACACAAACUAUCUUGUCUGUCUAUCUCAAUCAGGCCUCAAUGUAUAAUUGAUACAUUCAAUCUAUACAUAAAAUACACAUGAACAUAUUAAAUCUUCAAGAACUUGUAUAUUAAUUUUAAUUUUAUUUGGCUCCAAAAUAUAAUUUACUUCCUAACAUGGAAAUUAUUUUUAUCAUUUAUGAACAUCAACAAACAUUGACAUAGAAUACUACCUCUGAAAAAUUUGAAGUUGCAAUUAUUUUCCUUUACAUGUGUGUGCACCUGGGAGAAUUUCUGUUUAAGUUGGGUUGACUAAGAUAGAACCAACUCUGUCACAGAACAACCGGAGUGUUAACCUGAAGGGAAACAGAAGGAUGGAAGUAGAAAGUAACACUUGUUAACUUCAGGUGAACUGCAUUGUGCCCCAAAUCAGUAAAGCAAUUUAAGAAAAAAAAAUGCCUGAGGGAAUCCAGAUUAUCCAAAAUUAAUCAGGUAAUGAAAAUCACCAAAUGAACCUUAAAGCAUAUAUUCAACUUUAUAAUAAGCAAAUGCCCGAAUGAACAUCAAGUCAUCUGAAUAGACAUUUAAAUUUUAAAAGGAGGUCCCCGUAUUUUAUAUGAUAGUAGAAAGGUGCAAUUUAAUCUUAAUGCAGGGUUCUGUAAUUUCUUGUGUGACUUAGGCUUUCUUUCCUACAAAUAAAGAUGGUUGACACACAUAAUUAUCAAAGUUCCAUACUGUUUCUAUGAAAUCCUUACAAAGAGAGUGUUGUGGACAUUAAAAUAAUAUAUUAAUGCACAAUAAUAAAAUUGUUCCUCCCUCCAUCAGUACUUAUAUAUACUCAAACAAAGAAUGGAAUAGUUUGUCUGUAUUGUAUUCCUUCUCCUAAAGAUAAAGCAUAUCUAGAAUGCUAUCCAAACUAUUUAGAGAGCGCUUAGAAUUGAUCUGUACUGUAAAUUGUGUAGCCAAUGCAUGCUCCUCAUUAAAAAAUACUCCAUUUAUUGCAUGUGUUAUUAUUAUUACAGCACCCACACUCUUCAAUGAAGAAUUAUCUCAUUAAAGAGUCUCAGUAAAUGCUUCAUUUUAUUUUGGUGGCAGACUAGUGAGAAACCUUGGUGAAGGCUUAAAGCCCAUAAGUGCAGGACACAGCCAAGGCUAAAGAGGGGACGGUCAAUAAGGAGGCAGUGAUCCAGUAAUGCCAAGCCAAAGGUGCAGUAUCAGGACAUUAUUUUAUCAUUUCUGCUUUAAAACAGAAUCCAUUUCUAUACAAAAUUGGAAUACUUUUGUUUUAGGAAACAGAAGCUGAGAGUUAUGUCCUGUUUCACUUAGCAUAGUAGUAUAAACAAGAUUUUUGUCCUUCUGUUUUUCUUGGCCGUUUUAAGUCACAAUUUUCCAGCUGACUCAGUAAGAUUCUACCCUAGUGAGAGUUGGUUUGAUUGAUAAUUGUGGAAGUUGAACAUUUUCUAGCUGUAGGCUUAAUGCUGGGUGGUGCCAAUCCUCUUGUGUUUGGCAGCAUUAGAUGGAGUUGAAACACACCACCUUAAAGCCUGAAAAUUUGUCAAGUUGGCACAAUUAUCUUGACAAUCAUCACCCAAAAUGAGUACAUUAUAUUUCAAUUACUGGAAGUCUGUAAAGCUAAAAUCAUAAAGCACUCAUAUCUAAUGGAAAUGGUUCUGGAAUGUAAGUGCGAGCUACCAUAAUGAAGCUAAUAUUAAAAUCUAAAGCAUUAUUCCUUAUUAAAAAGUUAAUCUUCUUGUGAUUAUUCUGCUUUGUGUGCAAUAUGUAUCUGCUCCAAUGGUUUGAACUCCUCAUGAUCUGACAGGUUCUAGGGGUCAUAAAAUGACAUGAAUGGUUUACAAAAAGAGACAGAUUUCUAUGUAGUACAGGCAUGACUAUAUGCAAAUCCCGAUUACUGUUAUCCUGGCUACUUCACACACUGAUAAAGACUUUCUUCUGCAAAGUUGAGGAUCUUUUUUUUUAAUCUGGGCAAGAGAAUCAUUCACGUUGCUCAGAGACAGUGAGUGCAUUAGUCAGAAAAUGAAGAUUCCUAUCUCAAGCAUAAUGUUCAAAGCAUUAUAUCAGCAUAGAAGUCAAUUUAAUAAGCCUCAUGUAGGAAUAAUUAUAGAUGCAUGAACAGCAUUAAAAACAAUACUUUAUUUUGGACACAUUCAAACUCAGAAAUUGGUAUUUAACCUCCAGAUUCCCAUACUUUCAUGUUAAUUUUAUGAAGUAUUCAGCUCUUUAUCUGACAUAGUUGAAACAAAUGGGUGUAAUCAUGUACCAUUUAUUGUUAUCUGUACUAUACUGUACUGUUAUUAGUGACUGCAGAGGCCUUUUCCAGCUUUCUGUCUUAUCUUGGAAGAGUUCAAAACCUUACGAAGUAAAUGUAUUUCUAUACCAACACAUGCCUAUUUUAUUCUAUAUAACUUAACAGAUUUUCUUAUAAAAAUCUCCUGGUGAUCUCCGAGCAUUAGAAUGAAUGAAUGAGAGCUCACUGGUGAUGGCAAUGUUCUUUAUUAUUCACAACAAUUAAAUGUUAUUCACAGACAAAUAAAAACCUACUAGGCUCCAA